AUGGCCCAUUUCUCCACCGAGGACGAGGCGACGGUGCAGGCCAUGCUGAGGCAGUUGUUCCAGAGCGUGAAGGAGAGAAUCACCGGUGCUCCCUCCCUGGAGUGCGCCGAGGAGAUCCUCUUACAUCUGGAGGAAACUGAUGAAAAUUUUCACAACUAUGAAUUUGUAAAAUACCUUAGACAUCAUAUACGCAACACUUUGGGGCCUAUGAUUGAAGAAGAAAUGGAAAAAUGCACAUCUGAUGAGAAUCAGAUUGAGGAAUCUGGCUAUGACACAGUUGUACAGCAUGUUACUAAAAGAACUCAGGAAUCUAAAGAGUACAAAGAAAUGAUGUAUUCCCUGAAGAAUCUUAUGAUAGUAGUGGUGGAGUCUAUGAUGAACAAGUUUGAAGAAGAUGAGAUACAAAGUCAAGAGAAGCAGAAAAAAAUCUCAAAGGAGAGGAGCAGUAGUUACUACACAGACAAUUGUUCUGAUAGCGAUUCAUCAUUCAAUCAGAGUUACAAAUUUUGUCAAGGAAAAUUACAAUUGAUUUUAGACCAGUUGGAUCCUGGGCAACCUAAAGAGGUGAGAUAUGAGGCCUUGCAAACAUUAUGUUCAGCUCCUCCAUCUGAUGUCCUGAACUGUGAAAAUUGGACCGCGCUCUGUGAAAAACUGACAGUAUCUCUUUCAGAUCCCAAUCCUGUGUUUAGUGAUCGGAUUUUAAAAUUCUAUGCACAGACAUUUACGCUUUCACCAUUACAUAUGACCAAGGAAAUUUAUACAAGCUUAGCUAAAUAUUUGGAGUUAUACUUUCUUUCUAGAGAAAAUCAUAUUCCUACUCUUUCAGCUGGUAUAGAUAUGACUAAUCCUGACAUGAUUCGCUUACUGAAAAAGGUUCGUCUUCUAAGUGAAUAUCAGAAAGAGGUUCCAUCUUUUUGGAUUCGUCACCCAGAGAAGUAUAUGGAAGAAAUUGUGGAGAGUACUUUGUCCUUAUUAUCAGUUAAACAUGAUCAAAGCCAUCACGUCUCACAGAAGAUUUUGGAUCCAAUCUAUUUUUUUGCACUAGUUGAUACCAAAGCUGUGUGGUUCAAAAAAUGGACACAUGCAUAUUAUAGCAGAACUGCAGUGCUGAGACUUCUUGAAAAGAAAUAUAAGGCUCUGAUAACUACAGCAGUUCAGCAGUGUGUUCAGUACUUUGAAUUGUGUGAGACCAUGAAAGCUGAUGAAAUUUCAGGACAUUCAAAGCAUUAUAGGAACAGACAGAAAACUUUCUACUACUCAGGACAAGAAUUACAAUAUAUUUAUUUUAUUCACUCAGUGUGCCUUGUAGGAAGAUUAUUGAUUUAUACACAAGGCAGAAAACUAUUUCCUAUAAAGCUGAAGAAUAGAAAAGAUUCAGUAUCCCUUACAGAUCUGCUGGUUCUGUUUACCCAACUUAUCUGUUACGCACCAAGUUGUCCAAAGAUGACAUCAUCAGCACAUUUAGAGAAUUAUUCUCCUGCAAGUAUGGUGACUGAAGUUCUUUGGAUACUCUGUGACCAAAAAGAAUGUACAACUGAAUGCUUAUAUAACAACACUAUAAUAGAUUCGCUUCUUCAGCCUAUUCAUAAUUUAAUGAAAGGAACUGAGGCUGCUCCAGAUUGCUCUGAAAGAGCUUUAAUUCAUAUAGCUGAUAUCUUAGCCAGAAUUGCAUCUGUAGAAGAAGGACUUCUUUUACUUCUUUAUGGAGAAAAUAUGAACUCUUCUAAAGAAGAAAGUCCUACAGGUGCUCAUAUAAUUGCACAGUUUUCGAAAAAACUUCUUGAUGAAGAAAUUUCUAUUUUUUCUGGAUCAGAAUUGUUGCCUGUGGUUAAAGCAGCUUUUAUUUCUGUGUGUCGCCAAAUAUAUGGUUCAUGUGAAGGCUUGCAGGUGUUAAUUCCUUAUAGUUUGCAUGAAUCUCUAGCAAAGGCGUGGAAGAAGACAAGUUUGCCGUCAGAAAGUAUUCCUGCUCCAGUAGAGGGUUCUGAUUCUGUUUCUUCAGUAAGCCAGGAAUCCCAAAACAUUAUAGCUUGGGAAGAGAAUUUGUUAGAUAAUUUACUAAAUUUUGCUGCCACCCCCAAAGGAUUACUACUACUUCAAAGAACAGGUGCCAUCAAUGAAUGUGUGACAUUUAUGUUCAACCGAUAUGCAAAAAAAUUACAGAUUAGCAGGCAUGAAAAGUUUGGCUAUGGAGUUUUGGUUGCACAAGUGGCAUCAACAGCAGCAGGUGCUGUAUCACUACAAAAUUCAGGAUUUAUUAAUGCACUUAUAACUGAAUUAUGGUCCAAUCUGGAAUGUGGAAGAGAUGAUGUUAGGGUAAUCCAUCCCAGAUCUACUCCAGUGGAUCCUAUCGACCGAAGCUGUCAAAAGUCUUUUUUAGCACUGGUGAACUUGUUAUCCUAUCCUGCUGUUUAUGAGCUGGUAGGCAAUCAAGAUCUUCCUAAUAAAGCAGAAUAUUCUCUUCGUGAAGUACCAACAUGUAUUAUUGAUAUUAUUGAUAGACUUAUAAUUUUGAAUUCUGAAGCUAAGAUUCGUUCUUUAUUCAACUAUGAACAAUCACAUGUCUUUGGUCUAAGGUUAUUAAGUGUGAUAUGCUGUGAUCUGGACACUCUUCUCCUGUUAGAGGCUCAGUAUCAAGUAUCUGAAAUGUUACUAAAUGGUCAAGAAGAAAAUAUCUUAGAGACUUCUGAGAGCCACAGGGGCUUUAUAAUUGACAGCUUGUCGGUAGAAAGAAAUCAUGUUCUUGUUAGAAUAAAUCUUAUUGGUGGGCCGUUAGAACGGACUUUGCCUCCAAGAAUACUAGAGAAGGGUGACGAUCCAUAUCCUUGGCCAAUGUUUUCCUCAUAUCCUUUACCAAACUGCUAUCUGUCAGAAGUUAGAAGAAAUGCUGAUAUAAAACAAGACAGUGAUCGUGGCAAGCUUUUAUUACGCUUUAAAAUAUCUGAGAAACAAACUGAGUGGAUAGAAAAUUGCCGAAGACAAUUUUGCAGAAUGAUGAAGACCAAACCUGAUAUAAUCAGUGGAAUUGCUUUAAUAGAAUUACUUGAAAAAUUUGUGUUUCAUCUCACUGAAAGCCCAUCUGAAUGCUACUUCCCCUCAGUGGAAUAUACAGCUACCGAUGCAAAUGUGAAGAACGAAAAUCUUUCAUCUGUGCAGCAGCUUGGCAUUAAAAUGACUGUCAGGUAUGGCAAGUUCCUCAACCUGUUAAAAGAUAGAGCAGAAAAUGAUCUUACCUUGGUUUUAAAGCACUGUGAGAGAUUCCUGAAACAGCAGCAAGUUUCAAUAAAAUCUUCUCUUCUCUGCCUGCAAGAGAAUUAUGCUGGCCAUGACUGGUUCGUAUCUUCUCUGUUUAUGAUAAUGUUGGGGGACAAAGAGAAAACAUUCCAAUUCCUUCAGCAGUUCUCCAGGCUUCUGACUUCUGCUUUCCUUUGGUUGCCAAGACUACAUAAUUCUAGGUACCUACCUGUUGAAACUAUAGAAUCUGGCAUUCAUCCGAUAUAUUUUUGCAGCACUCACUAUAUUGAAAUGCUACUAAAGGCUGAGGUGCCACUUGUAUAUUCAGCUUUUCGCAUGUCUGGUUUUGCACCAUCACAGAUUUGCCUGCAAUGGAUAACUCAGUGUUUUUGGAAUUAUUUAGAUUGGAUAGAAAUCUGCCAUUAUAUUGCUACUUGUGUUUUGCUUGGUCCUGAUUAUCAAGUGUAUAUCUGUAUAGCUGUAUUCAAACAUCUCCAACAAGACAUUCUACAGCACACUCAGACUCAAGAUCUACAAGUUUUUCUAAAAGAAGAAGCACUGCAUGGGUUUCGAGUGAGUGAUUAUUUUGAAUACAUGGAAAUUCUGGAGCAAAACUACCGACCAGUGCUGCUGAGAGACAUGCGGAACAUUAGAGUGCAGAGCACAUAG